AUGGUUCAAGCAACAAAUUUUGCAGAAAAUAAAAGCCUGGAGAAAUUCAACAGGGAAUCUCGAUGCAUGGCCGAGUUAACUGGAGAAGUAAAACAUGAGCUAAUCUUUCUCUUGGUGGUUAAUAUUUCUGUUUCCAUUACUGCAUUUCUGGGGAACACUCUGAUCCUAGUCGCUCUGCAGAAAGAAUCUUCACUUCAUCCUCCGUCCAAACUCCUGUAUCGUAACCUAGCGAUAACUGAUCUCUGUGUCGGUGUGAUUGCAGAGCCUGUUUAUGUUGCCUAUUUUAUGUCCGUGCUAAGCGAUAAAUGGGAUAUUUGCUUUUACGCGAAUUUGUUAUCUUUUUUCACGUGCUAUGUUUUUAGUGCCGUGUCAUUAUUUACAUUGGCUGUAAUCAGCGUGGACAGACUUCUCGCCCUGUUACUGGGGCUGAGAUACAGACAAGUUGUAACUUUGAAAAGAACACUGGUGACCCUAAUUGUAGGUUGGAUAUUGUCCAUUGUGGGUAUAUUGACCUACCUGUGGGAUCCCAAUGUGACGUCAUGGUGCAUCAAGUUAGGCUUAUCUGUUUGUCUCGUCACCUCAUUUGUCUGUUACGUCAAGAUUUUCGUCAUUCUGCGUCAUAACCAAAUCCAAGUGCUGGACCACUUUCCUCAAAGACAGCAGAACCAACCAGUUCCGCUUAACAUAGCGCGAUACAGAAAGGCAGUGUCCGCUGCAUUGUGGGUGCAGAUGACAUUGGUUGUUUCUUAUCUGCCGUUCCUUAUAACCGAAGCUUUGAAACAUCAGCGAGGGAUGCCACUAUCGCUUUACCAUGCAAGGGAAUUUACCGGUACCUUAGUUCUUCUAAACUCCUCUUUAAACCCCUUGCUGUACUGUUGGAAGAUUAGAGAAGUAAGGCAAGCCGUAAAGGAUACCAUGAGAGAACUUUUAUGUUCAUUGCCAAAUUAG